AUGGCCUCCCAGCUGCGCCGCAAGCUCAUCGGUAGUACUACCCUAAAGCCCUCCGCGUCACAGCUUUUCCGCAGCGAUUCUCGCGGGCAGCCCGUGCAGGAGCUCUUUCGUCGCGCCUUCGCCAGCACCAGCAGCAACAACAGCAGCAGCAGCAGCAGCAGCGACGGCGGUCUCAGCCGCGACAACCCGCACCGCCACAGCUUCCCCUAUUCCUGGGAUUCGCCCAUCAAGAGCGCGCCGCAGCAAGCGGCGCAAUCCAGGGGCGUGGACGACGUUCCCCAGAUGGACUCCGCGGGCAAACCCCUCCACGCGCAACGAUCUUCCCCGUCGCCGUCACACGCUGCGUCGACCGCGGCAACCGCGUCGACCACGACUGCGCGGCGCGGCGAGCCGGUGCCGAAUCUGAAGCGGUUUCAGAUCUACCGGUGGAACCCGGACGAGGGCGGGAAGGCGAAGAUGGUAGAGUACACUGUCGACACCACCAAGUGCGGUCCCAUGAUCCUGGACGCGCUGUUCACGAUCAAGAACACGCAGGACCCCACGCUGGCAUUCCGGCGCAGCUGCCGCGAGGGCAUCUGCGGGUCGUGCUCCAUGAACAUCGACGGCCAGAACACACUCGCGUGCCUGUGCCCCAUCGACCCGCGCCCCACCGUGGCCACCACCAUCGCGCCGCUGCCACACAUGUUUGUGAUCAAGGACCUCGUGGUGGACCUCACGUGGCAGUACCAGCAGUACAAGUCAAUUGAGCCGUGGUUGAAGGUGAAGACGCCUCCUGCGGACGGCAAGGAGAACAGGCAGAGCAUAGAGGACCGGGAGAAGCUGGACGGGCGCUACGAGUGCAUUCUCUGCUUCUGCUGCACGGCUGGCUGCCCCUCCUACUGGUGGAACCAGAACAAGUUCCUGGGGCCUGCUGCUCUCAUCAACGCCAGCAGAUGGGUGUUUGACAGCCGGGACGAGAGCACAUCGGAGCGGUUGGAUCAGCUGGCAGAGAACGACCGGCUGAUGCCGUGCCACACUAUCAUGAACUGCGCGCGCACCUGCCCCAAGCACCUGAACCCUGGCAAGGCCAUCUCGCAGAUGCGCGCCAUGCAGGUGCUGCAGCGCGUGGGGGUGAAGAGGCCUGAAAAGUUUGUACCGUGGUUCACAUGGUAUGCUGAGUCUCAACUACCGGAGCGAGAUAUAGAGCUGGCGAUUCACGAGAUUUUACACGUUGCAUUUUCCGUGCUUGUGAAGGUACAAAACAACUCCGAUUACCCCCAACCCCUCGCGCAUCCACCGCUCCCUUCGUCUCUGCCACCAUCACCACUUCAUCCGCUCCUUCCACAUCGCCACCCCCGCCAGCACCGCGCCGCUUCUCGCGCGCAAACGUCCAACCCUCGUUCUACUUGCCGUCCACUACGCGAUCGCGGCGCCGCGAUGACGGAGUACGUGGUGCGCGGCAGCAAGGACCUCAAGUCGAUUAAAGACCUCAAGGGCCUGCAGGAUGGCCCUCCGCCCGGCGGAUUCCCCGCCGUGCGAUACGGGCGCCGCAUCAUGAACACGGGUCCGUCGGGCGUGGCUCUGGUGCUGGCUUCGACGGCCGUGAUUGCGUUCGGAUUUUAUCAGAUCGGCCAAGGGAACAUCAAGCGCAGGGCGGAGAAGAAGGAGAAGAUAGACGCGCGCGUGGCCAUACUGCCGCUCAUCCAAGCAGAGGAAGACGCGCGCUUCGCAGCGGCGCGCAGGCAGGAGCUAGAGGAGGAGGCGCGCAUAAUGCGCAACGUGGACGGCUGGGUGGUGGGCCAGAGCGUCUACAACUCCGGCCGCUGGAUGCGCCCUGCCAAUGGCAAGCUCGCUGCCGAGUACUGA